AUGCCCGGGCAGCGCCGGCGGUAUCCACUCAUCGGAGUGGCUGUGGCCAUGGCCCAGUUCUUCGCUGCCGGGAACCUCGUGGCUCAAAGGCCAAUGCUGACAGAGCCCGAGAAAGAGAGUGAAGGCAGACCUGGCUUCUACGAGUAUGAGCUCUCCCUGGGGCUUGGGAAAUCCACCGUCCUGCUCUAUUACGUGCUGCACAACGGAAUCUGGGCGGCUGUGGGUCUCUGGCUGGGCGCCGUCCUCGACGGCAAGCACGGCGACCAGCCAGAGACCCGUGGCCUCCCAGACGAUGCCCUUGGCCACGCCAUUCAGGCUGCGUGGAUUGGCAGGAAGGUGCCAAGCCCCGCGACGUCUAUUGCUCUGAUUCUGGGACCCCGGGUUGAUCUCCUCAAGGACUGCAUCUUUACGGCUUCCGUAUUGCAGUUGGCCGCCCAUGCAGAAGACGAGGGAACUCGACAAAGGGGAGUCUGCAGCCUGGUGACACUGUUCACGCCAGGGCUGUUCCUGUUCUGCGACGGUGCGAGCAGGAUGGAGGUUGCCAAGGAGUGCGCUGCCACUGCCUUGCUCGGGGACACGGAGAUUCUGGCGCCGCUCCACUUCGCCGCACGCAACUGCAAAGCCGAGUGCGUGGACUUCCUCCUCAAGGCCGGUGCCAAGAAGGACGUGCAGGGCACAGACGGCGAAACAGCGCUGGAUGUGGCAGAAGGUGAGUUCCUGCCAGUCGCUCCUCGAGAACGUCCAGCGGCUCCACGGGGCCCUCGGGGCUCCCAGGAUCAAGUGCGCAAGUGA